CUCCCAGGUGUCUGUGCGAGGCCGGCCCCGCCCCCUGGGCCGGGCUCGGGGCCUCGCCCUCUCCCGCGCGCGGAACAUGGAGCUGGGGGAGUUCGAGCGGGACAACGCGGGCAGCUGCCGCCUGGGCUCCCCCGUGCCCGAGCUGUGCCGGGCCGGGCCCUGCUGCCUGGGCAUCGAUGAGGCCGGCAGGGGGCCCGUGCUGGGUCCUAUGGUCUAUGGUGUUUGCUACUGCCCGCUGGCCAAGCAGGAGGAGCUGGGAGCUCUGAAGAUGGCCGACUCGAAGACACUGACAGAGGCCGAGCGGGAGAAGCUGUUUGGGACACUGGACAGGGCCAGGGACUUCGUCGGCUGGGCCCUGCACAUCCUCUCUCCCAAUCUCAUCUCCACCAGCAUGCAGCAGCGGGCGAAAUACAACCUCAAUGCCCUGUCCCACGACACAGCCAUCGGGCUGAUACAACACGUGCUGGACGCGGGAGUGCAUGUGGCAGAGGUCUUCGUGGACACGGUGGGGCCAGCAGAGAAGUACCAGGAGAAGCUAAAACGGCAUUUUCCGGAGCUCGAGGUGACUGUGAGGCCGAAGGCCGAUUCCCUCUUCCCCAUCGUCAGCGCAGCCAGCAUCUGUGCCAAGGUGGCACGGGAUCGUGCUGUGAAGAACUGGACGUUCCCGGAGGAUCUGGGGGACGUGAGCGUGGAGUAUGGGUCUGGGUACCCCAAUGAUCCCAAGACCAAGGAGUGGCUGGCGCAGUGCCUGGACCCUGUGUUCGGGUACCCCCAGUUCGUGCGCUUCAGCUGGAGCACGGCCCAGACCAUCCUGGAGAGCAAGGCAGUGCCCGUGCGCUGGGACGACAGUGAGGACGACCCUGCUCAGAAGGGCACCCGCUCCGUCCUGUCCUUCUUUGCCCGCAAAGAGUCCUCCAAGCGCCAGCCCCACCGCUUCUUCCACGAGCGCAAACUGGAGACAGUGACUGGGCUGUAGUGGGCACCGGGGGCGGAGGGCUGGCCCCAUGCCCCCCCCCAGCCCCAUGGCCCCCUCAAGUCGGCCCAGCUUGACUUAGAGCGAGAACUUUUGACUCACAGCAUCUGGGGUUGUAUUUAAUCGUGGUGCCAGCUGAUCUGAGCCCCCCUCUCCAGAGGCUGGGAGGAGCCCAGCCGUAAAAGGGGCUUCUAGGAACCAGCUGCCCCAGUCUCGCCGGCGCCUCCUUGCUGUGGAUUUUCCACCCACAGUGAAUCUCCCCACCCCUCCCCCCAAUUCAUUUUAGUUAAUAAAACAUUUUGAAACAUC